AUGAUCUCAAACAUUAAAAAUUCAACCUUUACAUUCUCCUCUCUUCCUACAGAACUCAAAAUCUCGAUUCUUGAUUGUUUACCGAUCAGCGAACGCCAUCAACUCCUACGCACAACAAAAGAUUUUCGAUCUUUCAUUCUGUCAAAAGCUUUUCCCAAGAAAAUCAAAUUCUUUCGAUUUGUGGUUUAUUCUUUCGACAAAGAUCAACCGAUUACCCCAAAUUUGCUCAUCCAAGUCGAUGCAACCACUUUUACAUCAGCAUCUGAACAAAGGAAAGGAUCAAUCAUCAUUGAAAACCAAAAUUCACCACUUUUUCAUUCGAUUACUUCAUGCAAACUCUUCACCGUGAGCUUCAUCACCGACAUUGUCGACCAAAAUAAAAGCUCUUUCGAAGUGCUCAAGUUUUUCCCGAAAUUUCGCUCACUCUCCGACUUUCGGAUCCAGUUUGAUCACAUUUUGCCUAUACAAAUGAUUAUGGAAAAGUUCAAUCCAGUCGUUGAUAGGCUCAGUCUUCUUCAAUUGUCUGGCUAUGAGAACAAACAUCUCACCGAACUGAUUAAGGAAAAUUGGCUGAAUGUGAAAAAGAUUCAUUUUGCUAAUGUUCCCUAUCAAAUCUGUUAUGAUACGCUGGCUCGCUCUAGAGUCGACAAAAUAGGAAUGGGAAAUGCCCGUUGGGAGGAUUUCGAAUCCUCCGUGAAAGCAGUGCUGCAGAUCGGUGCUCCGAAAGAGUCUAUUGUAUUGAAAUUGCAGUUUUGCAAUGCGAAAAGUCUUCAGAAAGAUGAUUUGAGAAGAAAAUUCAACAGUUUGACGCAAUCUUUCGACCGCGAUUGCUUAAAGAUUGACGAAAACGAUUUGAUAGAAUGGGUGAAAGAAGUGCUUGGAGCUGGUAGUGCUGGUAGUGGAGAUGAAUUGAAAUGUUUCAAGAAAUGGAUGAGUGAUGGGAAAAGAGCUGUUGUCUUCAUUGCUCUAUUGCAGUUGGAUACGAUGGCGCCAAUCAAAGUGGUGAUCAAGAUGGUGAAGGAUUUAAAU